AUGUCUGUCAUCGGCAUAGAUUUCGGAAACGAGAGUUGUUACAUAGCAGUCGCUCGAGCAGGAGGAAUCGAAACAAUCGCUAACGAUUAUUCCCUCAGAGCCACACCAUCAUGUGUCGCUUUUUCGGACCGAAAUCGAAUCAUGGGGGUGGCCGCGGCCAACAAGCGAGUCACCAACAUGAAAAACACCAUCGUUGAAUUCAAGAGACUUUUAGGGAGGAAAUACAACGAUCCCUACGUUCAACACGAACUUCAAUACCUUCCGUUUUCAGUUGUUCCUAAUCAAGAUGGAUCUCUCGGGAUUAAGGUGAAUUAUUUAAAUGAAGAACACAUAUUUACUCCGGAGCAGAUCACAGCCAUGCUGUUUACAAAAUUAAAAGAAAUAGCAGAGAAUGCACUUAGAACCAAAGUUAACGACUGUGUUAUUUCGGUACCCUCUUUCUAUACGCAAGCCGAGCGUAAAUCUCUCCUUGAUGCGGCUCACAUUGCUGGUCUCAAUGUGCUAAGGCUUUUCAAUGAGACAACGAGCACAGCUCUUGCUUACGGCAUAUACAAACAAGAUCUUCCGAACGCGGAAGAAAAACCCCGAAACGUUGUUUUUGUCGAUUGCGGUCAUUCCAGUUUGCAAGUUUUCGCAGCAGCUUUCAACAAGGGAAAACUUAAGAUGUUGGCGAGUGCUUCAUCGUCGAUAGGAGGAAGGGAUAUCGAUCGAAUAUUAGCCGAACAUUUUUCCAAAGAAUUUGUUAGUAAAUACAAAAUCGAUCCGAGGAAAAAUGCCAGGGCGUACCUACGUCUCAUGACCGAAGUGGGAAAGUUAAAGAAACAAAUGAGUGCUAAUUCGACAAAGUUGCCAUUAAAUAUCGAAUGUUUCAUGGACGACAAAGAUGUUCAUUCGGACAUGCAAAGGUCCGACAUGGAAGAACUUUGCGCGGGACUCUUUCAAAAAGUCGAAAAAACUCUGACGAAAUGUUUGAAAGAUUCAAAUUUAUCUCUAGAAGAAAUAUACGCUGUAGAAAUCGUCGGUGGUUCGACCAGAAUACCCGCUAUAAAAAAUUUAAUCGAAGAAGUUUUCAAGAAACAACCGAGCACGACUUUGAAUCAAGAUGAAGCCGUGGCCAGAGGUUGUGCACUCCAGUGCGCUGCUUUGUCUCCCGCGAUUAGAGUUAGAGAAUUUUCCGUCGCGGACAUACAAAAUUAUCCGGUGACGUUAAAAUGGGAUGCGUAUCCGGGAGAGGAAGAGGGCGAGAUGGAAAUAUUUACUGCCAAUCACGCGGUUCCCUUUUCCAAACUCCUCACGUUCUAUCGUAAGGAACCGUUCAGCGUUCACGCUUUUUACAGUCAUCCGACGUCAUAUCCGGAUUCUUACAUCGGUAAAUUUACCAUAAAAGACGUUCGCCCGACUGUGGAUAACGAACCCGCAACGGUCAAAGUCAAAGUGAGAAUAAACUUGCACGGGAUUUUGACCGUGGCAGGAGCCACGCUAACGGAAAAACUCACUCAAGCGGAAAUUGAAGCGGAAUCAAAGGAAUCCAUGGAACUCGAUUCGAACAGUCAAGAACAACAGGAUCAAAAUAAUUGGAUGGAAAAUGGCGAAGAGCAGGGAAAAGACAAGGACCAAGGCAACGAAGAUGAAAACGAUCAGAGUAAAGAUCAGCAGCAGUCGCAGUCGCAACAGCAACAACAGCAACAAUCCGCUGAUAAAAAAGAAAAGAAGAAAAAAUCACACGUGAAAAAAAUAGAUCUCAACAUCGACACGGAAACUCACGGUUUGACCAAAUUACAAUUGGAUAGUUUUUACGAAUUCGAAUGUAAAAUGAUUGCCAACGACAGACAGGAAAAGGAAAGAGCGGAUGCGAGGAACGCAAUGGAGGAAUACGUAUACGAUUUAAGGGGAAAACUCGGUGACGAAGCCCAGUUGGCUUCGUUCGUCAACGAUGCGGAUAGGGAUUCGUUGAUGUCACAGCUCAACGACAUGGAGUCUUGGCUGUACGAAGAGGGAGAAGAUUGCAACAGGCAGAUUUACAUAGAUAAAUUGGAUCAGCUUAAGAAACUCGGAGAACCGAUAAAAAAUCGCAAGAUCGAAGCGGAUAUAAGACCGACUGUGAUAGAAGAUCUCGCUCGAUCGAUACAACAAUCGUACAAAAUAAUAGAUCAAUACAAUAAUAACGACGAGAGAUAUAAUCAUAUUCCCGAGGGUGACAUAAACAAAGCAUUACAAGAAACUCAAAAGGUAGAAAAAUGGUUGGACGAAAAAAGGAUGAAAAUUCAAAGUACUCCAAAAUAUGAAAAUCCGGUCGUGACGGUGGCACAAAUCAGACAGGAAAAACAGGCUUUUGAAAAUUUAGUCGCUCCAAUAUUUAACAAACCUAAACCCAAGCCGAAAACGGAAGCUCCUCCACCGACUGCUGCGCCGCCAUCAUCGGAAGAUGCAAAUAAUAAAGCCACAGGUGAUUCAGUCGAACCGAACAAUUUCGAAGAACCAAUGGAAACAGAUUCGUUCAUAUAA